UUCAUUUGCAUAAUUUAGUUGAAAAAUUGACAGAUACAUUUUGCAGUUGCUUAAACGUGUAUUUUUUUCACAGUCUUAUCUCCCUUCCUGUUUGUUUUUACAGCUAUUAUUGUUAGGUAAUACCAUCACAAGCCUGAUGGAAUGGCAACUAAUGUACCAUCCCUUUGUUGGAAUCAUUUCCUCCUCGCCCUGGUCGCCUUCACGCACGCACCACCCACAAAAACGACGCACGACUUUUCUACGACGACAACGACACCUCUCUCACCAUCGGCGACCGAGAGCCUCAUCUACAUCGGGGUCAUCUUCGUCGGCCUGCUCUUGUUCUCGUCUUUCCUUGGGCUCUUCGGGACAUCGGUCAAGGCUGCUCAGCCCUCCUCUACGCCCCCGCUAUCGCUUACGAUGCCUCUGUCCCUGCCGUCGAAGAGUAGACCACUUUCUCUGUUCAGCUGUUCACUGAGAAUGCAGUCAACAAGUUCCAGGGGAAAGUAAAAUAACAUGUGAAAAGAGGAAAAAAAUCGUUCACCUGUUAUGAGGAUUUUUUUUUUCACACAUACGGA